AUGCCCGAAGACUACAUCUUCGUUCCCAAGGGCGAUCCAUACAUAACCCGGCACUGCAAAGCGCGCACCAAAGAUGAGAAGCAAACCGUCUAUAUCGUCUAUGACAGCAAAUUCAAACACCAACUCGGCAUCCGCAUCCCCCUCGCCAUCCACACCACCGUCCUCGAAUCCGCAUCCUCGACAGCCGCGCACCGCGCCUCAGCGACUCUCCUUCGUGACCAGCGCGACAACAUCAAAGCACGAUCUUUACUCCUCGCUACGUUUCCGGCUAUACCACCCAAAUGUCUUGAGAGAGUUCUUGAGCAUGCGUUUUUGAAAGGAUCGGGACGGGUGGGGAGGAUUAGCACAAAAACAGAUGCGAAAAAGGCAACGUUGGCGGUCGAGGCGCAUAUACGGCAUGAGCAUACGGGGUAUGAGCGGUUGAUGCAGGAAGAGGAUGUGGGAAGGGAGGAGGCUAGACGGAGAGUGUGGGGGGAGGUGAGGAGGGCUAGGGAUGAGUGGGCUGGGACGAUUGCAGAUGCGCGAGAAGAUGGGGAGGUAGAAGAGGCGGUGAAAGAGGUUGAAGUUAUUGAUUUGACUACAUUAUGA